CACACACACACACACACUCACACACAGUUUAAAUCAUAUUUCUGUAUUUCUCUGGCCUCUGAAUCCCUUCUGAUCCGUCUGACCGUGAUGAUGAUGAUGAUGAUGAUGAUGAUGAUGAUGGACUCCUGGAUGGACCUCAAUCUGUUUGAUUUGAAAUGACGACAGAACCAGAGAGCCAAUCAGAGCAGCAGGGGGCCAGUGCGGCUCCGCCCCAUUCAGCCCCGCCCCUCGAUAACCAGCUCCCUCCAGCCGCCGCCCACAGCACACCUGUGAGGAAAGAGCAGGGCGCUGGAGCUGAGGACGACGGCACGUCACACUGGUCCUCCUCCAGUAAACUGACCCGAUCUCCAGUCAAAAUCAGCCGGAAACCCAGGAACAUGCAGGUGAAGGUGGCUCUUCUGGACGGCUCUGACUACACCUGUGUGGUGGAGAAGCGUGAUAAAGGUCAGGUUCUGUUCGACAAAGUCUGCGAGCAUCUCAAUCUUCUGGAGAAAGAUUACUUUGGUGUCACAUUCCGUGAUGUGGAGAAUCAGAAGAACUGGCUGGAUCCUGCCAAAGACAUGAAGAAGCAGAUCAGAGGCGUCGCCUGGAAUUUCUCCUUCAGCGUGAAGUUUUAUCCUCCUGAGCCGGCGCUGCUUUCUGAAGACAUCACCAGAUAUUACCUGUGUUUACAGCUGCGGGAUGAUAUCGUCUCGGGACGUUUGCCGUGUUCGUUCGCCACACACACGGUUCUGGGAUCGUAUACGGUUCAGUCGGAGCUGGGCGAUUAUGACCCAGACGAGUACAGCUCCGACUACGUCAGCGAGUUUCGUUUCGCGCCUCAUCAGACCAAAGAGAUGGAGGAGAAAAUCAUGGACCUGCACAAGAACUACAAAGGAAUGACGCCGGCCGAAGCUGAAAUGCAUUUUCUGGAGAAUGUGAAGAAACUGUCUAUGUAUGGAGUCGACCUUCAUCAUGCAAAGUUGAUAGGACGAUUCUUUCACUGCUUUUCUCCAGCUAAAGCAGAGGAUUCAGAGGGGGUGGAGAUCAUGUUGGGCGUGUGUUCCUCCGGGCUCCUCAUCUACCGCGACAGACUUCGCAUCAAUCGCUUCGCCUGGCCCAAAGUCCUCAAGAUCUCCUACAAACGCAAUAACUUCUACAUCAAGAUCCGUCCAGGCGAGUUUGAGCAGUUUGAGAGCACGAUAGGCUUUAAACUUCCCAACCACAGAGCAGCCAAGAGACUGUGGAAGGUUUGUGUGGAGCAUCACACGUUCUUCAGGUUGGUUUCUCCAGAGACUCCGCCUAAGAAGUUCCUCACACUGGGUUCUAAGUUCCGCUACAGCGGCAGAACUCAGGCUCAGACCAGACGAGCCAGUUCCCAGAUCGUCCGUCCAGCGCCGUACUUCGAGCGUUCGACCAGCAAGCGCUACACGAUGUCACGGAGUCUGGAUGGAGCUCAGCGGACACCAGUCAACACAGCCACAGUCAAUGUAAAUGGCACUAGACCAACAGAGAUGGGUACGGCCUUGUACGGUGCUGCCAAAGGCAUCGCCAUGAGUGACCUCAUCACCACAAUAACACCGGAGAAGAAAGUGGAGGAGACGCACGAGGAGGAGCGUGAGGAGGCUCGACCGGUGCUGGUGGAGAGUGCAGUGCUGCUGGAGGAAGAGGACGAGACAACGAAAGCCACGGAACCAUCGCUGCCAAGCCCACAGACACCGGCCCGACAGGACACACGGACUGAUCUCACAGACACUGCUGUCGAUGAAGAGUUAACGGCCACAGAGUCGGAUCAGGAGGACGAAUCUGAAGCAAAGACGCAGCACAGUUUCAUAAGGCGAAUUAAAGGACAGAAUGUGUUUGUGAGACACAGUAAACUGAUGUUAGAGGAAAUGGAGCGAACGCCAGACGAGCUGCUGAAGCAUCAGACCAACAUCAGCGAGCUGAGGCGGACGUUCCUGGAGGGAGGACAGGACCGGACGGCUCUGACCGAGUGGGAGAAGCGUCUGUCCUCAUCCCCGCUGCGAUCUCCACGUCUGGACGAAGCGCCCAUGAUCGAGCCGCUGGAGCCGGAUGAGAUCAAACAGGAAGCAGCGGUGAAGAUACAGGAAAUGGCAGCAGCAGCUCUGGAGCCACAGGAAGAGAAGGUUGAUGUGGAGUCUGACGGGUGGGUCAUUAUAAACAAGGUUCCUCCGUUUGAACCAUAUAAACAUCCUCCAGUCGAAGCUGAAACAGUUUCUCGUAAGAUACCAGAGAAGGUUUCUACCACAGUACAAGAACACCGUCCUCCAGUUGAGCCAGACAAACCCUCGUCCGCCAAGCUUCUUCCAGAGAAAACUCCUUCUAAGGUUCCAGAAAAGGUUUCUACCAUAGUACAGGAGACAUUUUCUCCAGAAAAACCUUUGUUUGUAUCUGAAGAGGUUCCUCUUCCGAAGAUACCAGAAAAAUUUCCUCCAGAAAAACCCUCGUCUGGCGUAUCUGAAGAGCUUCCUCCAGAAAAUACUCCUUUUAAGAUUCCAGAAAAGUUUCCUCCAGAAAAACCCUCGCCCUCCGUAUCUGAAAAGUUUCCUCCAGAAAAACCCUCGCCCUCUGUAUCUGAAGAGCUUCCUCCAGAGAAAACUUUUUCUAAGAUUCCAGAAAAAUUUUCUCCAGAAAAAACCACAUCCGCCGUACCUGAAGAGCUUCCUCCAGAGAAAACGUUUUCUAAGAUUCCAGAAAAGUUUCCUCCAGAAAAACCCUCGUCUGCCGUAUCUGAAGAGCUUCCUCCAGAGAAAACGUUUUCUAAGAUUCCAGAAAAGUUUCCUCCAGAAAAACCCUCGCCCUCCGUAUCUGAAGAGCUUCCUCCAGAGAAAACAUUUUCUACGAUUCCAGAAAAGCUUCCUCCAGAAAAACCCUCGCCCUCCGUAUCUGAAGAGGUUCCUCCAGAGAUAACUUUUUCUAAGAUUCCAGAAAUAUUUCCUCCAGAAAAACCCUCAUCUGAUGUACCUGAAGAGCAUACUCCAGAGAAAACUCCUUUUAAGAUUUCAGAAACGUUUCCUCAAGAAAAACCCUUGUCCACCGUAUCUGAAGAGCUUCCUCCAAGGAAAGCUCCUUCUAAGAUUCCAGUAAAGGUUUCUACGAUAGUACAAGGAACUUUCCCCCCAGAAAAACCUUCUUUGAUUGUAUCUGAAGAGGUUUCUUCAAAGAAGACUCCUCCAAAGGUCCCAGAAAAGGUUUCUACGGUGGUCCAAGGAAAGGUGGAACUCAUAAAGUUUCCUUCUGUUGGUUCUUCAGAGGAUGUUCCUCCUAAAGUACCACCAAAAGUCCCCCCGAAGGUACCAGAGAAGAAACACUUAGCAAGCUACAGAUUCAUAUCGGCCUCGUCCGGUAAACCUCCAGAAGAUAAACUCCCCGGAUCUCUAGAAGGUUUCUCUGUUGUCAGCAGAUCUUAUGAGUCCAGUAAGAUGCGUCUCAGCUCUCCUGUGGAUCUCUCCAGAACGUCUCCGACGGCUCGAGUGCCAAAGCCCAGUUUUGAUGAGAUGUCUCCUGAGCUCACUGCGCUCUUGCAGUCCACUCGCAGCUGGGCUCCGUCUGAGUCUGUCGCUUCAAUAGCGUUACACAAGCCAUCAGAGAGUCCAGAGAGUCAUCCGACUGAAGAAGAGGAUCAGCAGCCGCCGGCGGAGGGACUUCAGCCUCAGGUACCUGAGCCUCCAGAGGGCCCCUGGGAGCCUGCAGUGUGUUAUCAAACAUGUGUUGCAUGUGUGGAGCCGCUGAGCUCAGUGCGAGCCCUCGACGAGUCUGAGUCUGAGUCUGUCGAUGACUCCAGUGACUCCAGCAGUGUGAACUCAGAUAACUUCUCUGGGCCCCUCACACACACAGGCCCCACGAGGGCCGGUCCCCACAGUGACAGUGAGUCUGGAGGAGAGAGCUUCUCUCUGUCCACUGAUGAAGAAGAUGAUGAUGAUGAUGAUGAGCAGUCACCCAAAAGGAGCACGUCCGAGCAGAGGGGUGUGGCUGAGGGUCACAGUGGGGAGGUAGAACUGACCGCCAGUUUAGAGUCUGGCGUGGUGAGUUUCUCAAGGACUCUGUCAGGGGACACGGACACACAGGACACAUCUGUGAUCCACACGGAGAUGAAGACCAUCACAUACGAAUCCCUGCAGGGCGAAACGGAUGGAGACGCUGAUCCUGGCAUUCUGCUGAGCGCUCAGACCAUCACAUCAGAAACCAGCAGCACCAGCACCACCACACACAUCACCAAGACGGUGAAGGGCGGCAUCUCAGAAACACGGAUUGAGAAGAGAAUCGUGAUCUCAGGAGAUGCAGACAUCGAUCAUGACGAGGCUCUGGCUCAGGCCAUUAAAGAGGCUAAAGAACAACAUCCCGACAUGUCAGUGACCAAAGUGGUGGUGCAUAAAGAGACGGAGAUCACGCCAGAGGAGUGAUGCAGGAUUAACAUCAUCUUCACGCUUUCUGGAGGAACUCAUGUGUUCAUGCUGUGGAAAAUGAAGGAUGCUUUAGAGAAAUCAACACGGGAACAGCAGCAUAAACUAAUAAAUCACAGUAAACAUUGUCUGAACACAACUGGAGUAACACACACACACACACACACACACGCUUACAGACGCCGCACUGGAUCACUGUUACUGCAUGACAAGGGAACAAUUCUGCUUUUUCUGAGGAGACUACAGUAUAAAGACAAUUUAGAAAAUGCUAUAUGAGCGCAGUGUAUAGUCAAACCACAAGCUUAUCAUAAAGGGACUGAAAAAUAUGUGUGAGAAGAAAUAAUGGUUACAGAUAUCUACAUUUAUUUAUUCUACUGAAUACUGCUCACUUUAAAAAAGGAAAAACUUUGCACAAUAUUAAACCGCGCAAAGAUGUGCCAUCCAAACUCCGUCGGUUCAUCUCUGAUCUGCUCACGUUAAAUAUUACAUGUUCAUUAUGAGAAUAUGACUGUGUCACACAUGUAUGUUAGAGACGUGUUAUGUUGUUUUACUUUAGGUAUACACCUGUUUGUUUCCUUUUGAAAACUGUCCCUUGUGAACGUUGAGCUUAGAGGAAUGAAACUCUCCAGAGCUGCCCUGAAAUAUCAAUCCCAGAGUUCUCCCUGCCCACAUCUGAGCCUUAAACUGUACAGAACCCCAUGAAUGUUUAUGUCCUUGUUUGGUUUCCAAUGCAAUGUCGCUGCCCUGCUGACUGUUUCCAACUCAAGCAACUCAAUAAAAUCUCAAUUCCAUUUCUGA